GAUUAUAACAAGAUGGCUGAGGUUGUUGAGCUUCAAAAACUGAAGUUGGCGGAGCUGAAGCAGGAGUGUGCGGCCAGAGGUCUGGAUAUGAAGGGCAACAAAGGCGAACUGAUCGCCAGACUGCAGGCAUAUCUCGAGGAGCAUGGUGAUGAGGAAAUGAAUGAAGAAGAGGUGUUGGGAGAAGACACAGAGGAAGACCUCCCUAAGCAGGAACAGCUUCUGAAGCAGAAACCAGUAAAGCAACCUGCAGCUGCACCUCAAAAACAAGCUGUGAAAAAUGUGGUAAAAAUCACUACUCCACUGUCCACUGAAGAGAAGCUGAAGAAGAGAGCUGAGCGUUUUAAUAUCCCAGCCAGCGAUGACAGCAAGAAGGCUGCCCGUGCUGCUAGGUUUGGUUUGCCUGUUGCAGCAGCCCAUUCUACAAAAGGUGCUGCUUUGACCAAUAAGCCAGCGGUUGAUGUCGACAUCCUAAAAAAAAGAGCCCAGAGGUUUGGAAUGAACGUUUCCUCCAUCUCCAAGAAGGUUGUGUCCAUUCGAGUGGCAGCUGAAGAUGAUGAGAAGCUGAAAAAGAGGAAGGAGCGGUUCGGCAUUGUCACUAGCGCUGCCACUGUGGGUCUAGAUGACUCAGAGGCAAAGAAGCGGAAGCGGGCUGAACGAUUUGGAAACAUUUAAUAUGGCAGUCGAUGCUUUUUUCUUUUCUAAUUUUUGUACUAGGUUUUUGUUUUGUAUUUUUAAACUUGUUAUAGCAAUGACAACACAACUUGGGAAAUUUAAAAGGCAUUAAAUACUGGGAGUAAACCCUACACUGUAAAUUAAAAGGUGAUUUCCAAGUUUUUUAA